UGCGCAUGCGCACUCACGGCUUUGGAAGGGAGCGCGGUCUCGCGUAACUUUGCUGAGGAAACGGUCGGCUCACAGCAACAGCAACAGCAAAGCCCAUCAUCGCACACACAACGGGACGCUGUCGCACUUCAGUUACGAGUUUAAGUCUCCGGGUGUUUCUGCUGCGUGGUCCAUCACAAACAGAUUUGAACAGUUCGCACCAAACACACAAAGCUUAGUGGAUCAGGAGGAUGGCGGUGAAUGUUUACUCCACCUCUAUGACUGUAGAGAACCUCAGUCGCCAUGACAUGUUGGCAUGGGUCAAUGACUCCCUGCAGCUCACACACACGAAGAUCGAGCAGCUCUGUUCAGGUUCUGCCUACUGUCAGCUUAUGGACAUGCUGUUUCCAGGGUGUAUAUUAAUGAAGAAGGUUAAGUUUAAUGCUAAACUGGAACAUGAAUACAUCAACAAUUUCAAGGUCUUGCAAGGUUCUUUCAAGAGAAUGAAGGUGGACAAGAUCAUCUCCGUGGAGAGGCUGGUAAAAGGGAAGUUUCAGGACAACUUUGAGUUCCUUCAGUGGUUUAAGAAGUUUUUUGAUGCCAACUAUGACGGGAAAGAAUACGAUCCUUUAAGCUCAAGGCAGGGCAAUGAGGGGACGCCGCCUCCACCACACCCAGGCCCCAUGAGAACAUCUCCCACAGCACCAAAGAGUGUUUGCCCCCCCCCGAGGCAGAUAAACCUAGCACCGGUCCGCAAGACAUCUCACGUGACCCGUAACGGAGACGUUGAGCUCAUAGAGCUCAACCAGCAGCUGCUGGACUUAAAGCUGAAUCUAGAUGGACUGGAGAAGGAGAGGGACUUCUACUUUGGAAAGCUGAGAGACAUUGAGCUGUUGUGCCAGGACAAAGACAACCCGAUCCUCAACAAAAUCUUGGAUGUACUCUACGCUACAGAGGAUGGAUUUGCACCACCUGACGAUGAAGAAAUAGAGGAAGCGGCACAGGGGGACCAGGAGGAGUUCUGAAUUGUCCCCCCCCCCCCCCCCCCCCCCCCCCCCA